CUAUAAUGAUGGUAGUUUAUAAGAACUCAGUCGAGUGCCAUUCUCUGUGACAUAUUCUCACUAUCCACGAUCACAUCAUCUUCUACAUCUUCCACAUCUUCCUCCUCAUCCGAACCAAUAGUCACUCGUUACCCAGUCGCUCGUUACUUAUUACACUCGUUUCAAACACAUCAAGAUGCAGAUCAAGAAUUUCCUCCCUGUGGUUCUCGCUGCCGUGGCUACUGCUAGCCCAGUGGCCAACCCCAACUACAAGACUUCUACCCCAGAGGCCAAGUACCCAACUACCACCCAGAAGGCUCACUACCCUACAUCUACCCCGGAAGCUCACUACCCCACGACUACCGAGAAGAAGGUUCAGUACCCGACCUCCACCCCGGUAGCACAAUAUCCGACGACCACGGAGAAGAAAGCUCAGUACCCGACUUCUAAGCCAAAGGCCCAGUACCCAACGACAACCAUGGAAACCCACUACGCCACGACCACGCAGAAGAAGGUUCAAUACUCAACCUCUACUCCUGAAACCCACCACUCGACCACAACCCAGAAGCAUAAGGAACACAAAGAGAAGCCAACCAAGACCAAGUCUUCUCACAAGCAUGAGAAGACCAAGCACGCUAAGGAAGAGCAUCAUUCCAAAGAGACCAAGAGGGGCGAGUAUCCAACCAAGUACCCAGCAAACACCCCGGCACCUCCUAGGUACCCAACUGCCAGCUCUCAACCUCAGGGUGGCAAUGGUGGUUCGGGUAGCCAGGGUGGCUCAGGCGGUCUCGCAAAAAUCUGCCCUUUAGGCAACACUCCUCUUUGCUGCCAAGUUGACAUCGCUGGCAUUCUCGACCUUACCUGUGCGAGCCCCGCUCGUGACCUCAACUCUAUCGAGGAAUUCGUAGGUUCUUGCGCAGAGACUGGCCUGACGGCUGAGUGCUGCGUCCUACCCCUCGCUGGUGACGCCCUGCUGUGCACCACGGUUUAGGAUGAAAAUUUGCAACGAACUUCAUUUGCAUGGGGAUGACUUACUGAUGAACGAUUGACUUGGGGAACUCAUAGACGUCUACCGGUCGAGCGGCUUUUAACGCAUCUGGUCCAUUUUGACACCUUCACUUCUGUAACAUUCUUUGACAUCGGCGCUUGGUCGACAUAUUUGGACAGUACUGUCUGCUACAUACUUUUAUUCAUAUUAGCUUUUACCAUUCUUAACGAAAUAGAGAUUCAUGGACACUCGA